AUGGCCUUAAAUUAUAAUGAAAUUUUCGUAUUGAAGCAAUCAAUAAUUCGUGUUUAUGAGUUUCGGCCAUUCAUUAGUUUUUAUCAAAAUAUGAUCGUUGAAAUACCGGCUGCAAGUAUCAAUAACAUCGGUGAUCAUUUCAUUGUUAGUAUGAGCAAUAAUAGCGAAAACGAAAGAUUCACUAUCGAAUGUGAUGCCUGUAAUCUCAAUGCAAAUGGGCCAGAGUAUUGGAUAAAAUAUCACUCUUCAUGUUUAAUAAAGAACUUAGCAUCUGGUUUUUGUGCGGAUGGUAAAGAUCUUCAAGAUAAUUUUGUGACUCAAGUUGAUUGUUUAAAUGCUUCAAAAUGGGAUCUUUAUGGAAUAUCUCCUGAUAUGCCUAAAACUUCAUUACCGACGAUAAUAUCUUCUGGUUCACCUACGACGAUCUCAGAACUUGGACUUAUAGUCAUAAUUGCUGGAUCGAUUAUUGGUACAGCUUUUAUUUCUUUUAUAAUAGGUUAUUGUAUAAUCAAGUGCAAACUCUCAUCUAGAAAUGUACAAUCUUUACAAUCUCUUAAAAUUCCUCAUGCUAUAAAUAAUUAAAUUUUCAUAAAUAUAAUUAUUACUUUUUGUAUAUAUAAUUGGUAAAUUCAGCUAUCAGAAAAAUUGCUCAUUCAUGUUCCAAAUAAAAUUGCUUAUAGUAUU